AUGAAAGACAUAAAAGUAGCCGAAAACCAGGCGGUACACUUCGAGGCUAGACUAAUUCCCGUUGGCGAUCCCAAACUGCGCGUUGAGUGGUUGCGAAACGGUGUACCAAUAACAGCCUCGAAUCGUAUUACUACAAUGCACGACUUCGGAUAUGUUGCCCUGAAUAUGAAAUACGUAAAUCCUGAAGAUUCGGGUACUUACACAUGUCGUGCUGUUAACGAAUUAGGCGAAGCAGUAACAUCAUCCACAUUAUUUGUGCAAUCAAAAGCAUCGCUUCAACUUGAAUCGCAGCAUGAGUCUGCUUUGGAAAAAAUACAGCAAUUAGAAGACUCUACUCGUUAUCAACGCAGAGAAGAUGUUGAAGUAGCAGUGAACCAAGCACCUAGAUUUGUUACUCACCUAAAUGGACCAACAAAGUUAAUAGAAGGGCAGAGCGCUCAUUACGAAUGUCGUAUUGAACCUUAUCCGGAUCCUAAUAUGCGCGUGGAAUGGUACUUUAAUGGGAAAGUUCUACAAAGUGGCCAUCGCUACCGCACUGCUUAUGAUUUUGGAUUUGCCGCUCUCGAUAUACUAACUGUUUAUGGCGAAGACUCCGGUGAAUACACCUGCAAAGUGAUCAAUAACUUAGGACAAGCAGUAUCAUCGAUAAAGCUGAACGUUCAGUCUAAAGAAUCUAUCAUAAGAGAUUCACAACAUGAAAGUGCUCUAGAAAAGAUUCAAUAUCUAGAGGACGAUAGUAGAUAUAAACGAGUAACUCAUGACGAAAGUUUUAUAGCUGAGAAGCCUCAGUUCGGAAAACCAAUUAAAAAUGCCGAAGUUUCCGAAGGUAAACCUGUACAUUUAGAAGCCACAUUAACACCUGUUAAUGAUCCAACGAUGAGAGUGGAGUGGUAUUGUAAUGGAAAACCUAUACAACAGGGUCAUAGAUUUAAGACAACGUAUGAUUUUGGAUACGUGGCUUUAGACAUUUUAUAUGCUUACGCAGAAGAUACAGGUACAUACAUGUGUAAAGCUACAAAUGCAGUGGGUGAAGCUGUUACAACAAGCUCAGUCAAAGUUAAUGCAAAAGAAUCAUUGUACUUGGAUACGUUGGAUGAGCAAAGAUUAAAGAAAAUCCAAGAAUUAGAAAAAUAUGAGCGACCAAAACCAGUAGAAGAGGAACUUCCAGGUCAAAGACCAGUAUUUUUAACCGCUUUAACAAGUCUCGAAAAUCUCAAAGAAGGUGACCGUGCUCACUUUGAAUGUAGGGUGGAGCCUAUAAACGACCCUGACUUAAAAAUAGAGUGGUUCCUUAACGGUCAGAGGAUUAAAACUGGUCAUAGAUUUAGAACUACACAUGACUUUGGUUACGUUGCCUUAGAUAUAUUAUAUACUUAUAGUGAAGAUUCUGGAACAUACAUGUGUAAAGCCACAAACAAACUUGGUGAGGCAGUUAAUACGUGCACGUUGAAGGUGGCAGGGCACAGAAAUAUUAUUUUGGACACUCAACAUCCGAAUGGCUUGGAGAAGAUUAGGCAACUUGAAUCACAAGGCCAUCCUGCCAGAAUUGAAGUCGAAGAACCUAAAAUCUCUUCACCUCGUUUUGUCACUGAACUGCGAGGAACAACACACGUAUAUGAAGGCCAAACGGCUCAUUUCGAAUGUCAAGUUGAACCAGUACAUGAUCCAAACUUACGGAUUGAGUUUUAUCAUAAUGGAAAAGCCUUGCAAUCUGCGUCACGAUUCCAUAUAACUUUUGAUUUUGGUUACGUGUCAUUGGAUAUUCAGCAUUGUGUACCAGAGGACGCUGGAGAAUACUCUGUUAAAGCUAUCAAUGCGUUGGGCCAAUCCACCUCUGCUAUAUCAAUGACUGUAACCGCAAAAGGUAGCAUUAUAUCGGAAUCUCAACGUCCUGAAGGCUUAGAGAAAAUAAAAGAGUUAGAAUCUGCCGAACCUUUUAAGCGACCAGAAAUUCCAGAGCCAGUCACAAGGCAGCGGCCUGUAUUUACACAACCACUUCAAAAUAUUGACAACAUACAAGAAGGUCAGACUGCCCAUUUCGACUGUAGACUAAUUCCAGUUGGUGACCCUACACUAAAAGUUGAAUGGUUCCGUAAUGAAAAGCUCAUUGAAGACAGUUCCAGAAUUACGAAAACCCAUGAUUUUGGCUACGUAUCUAUGACAAUUACUCACGUUCGCGAUGAAGACGAAGGAGUGUACAUGUGCAGGGCGUCGAACUUACUAGGAGAAGCGGUAACAACAGCUGCCAUGAAAAUAAAAACCAAAGCAGCUAUACAGAUGGAGACGCAACAUCCGGAGGGCAUGAAGAAAAUACAAAGAUUAGAAGAGCCGCAAAAUAAAAAAACAGAUGAAGCCGAAAGAGAAUUUGAAAAACCUAUAUUUACCCAAGUUUUAACAGGUCCUUCAGAAUUAUGGGAAGGUCAACACGCUCAUUACGAAGCACGUGUAGUACCUGUUGGAGAUCCGAGUAUGCGUUUUGAAUGGUAUAUUAAUGGAGUGGAACUUAAAAUGGGUUCACGAUUCCGUACAACCCACGACUUUGGUUUUAUCACAUUGGACAUAAAUUCAGUUGUUGCUGAUGAUGCUGGCUUAUACAUGUGUAAAGCGAUUAACAAAGCUGGUAGUACAGUCUCCUCCGCAUCGCUUAAAGUAAAGACAAAAUCUACAAUAGUAGAUCAAACCAUGAGACCUGAAUCUUGGGAACAGAUACAAUUGAAGGAGGCGGCUAUGAAUAAAGUUCCGGAAAUGUUUGUUGACACAGGAGUGCAACAAGCACCUAUUUUCACUACUCAUCUUAAAAGUUACGACAAAUUGGUAGAAGGACAACAUGUUCACUUAGAAGCUCAAGUGGAGCCACGAACUGAUCCUAAUUUAAGGAUUGAAUGGUAUAAGAACGGAGUUUCUUUAACUACCGGAUCUAGAUUAAAGAGCACAUUCGAUUUUGGUUUGGUUACGCUUGCUAUUAAUUCAUUGAGGAUUGACGAUUCAGGUAUUUACACAUGCAAAGCUACAAACCAAAUGGGAGAGGCUGUAUCUACAGCAUCAAUCAAAAUUGAAGACCGACAUUGGCUGCUUGGUGAAUCCCUUCACCCCGAAUCCUUGGACAGAAUUGGAGCAUUAGAACAACCUAAACCUGCCAAACCAGAAUCACCGGAGCCUGUAUAUGAAAUACCAGUGUUUAUUUCUCAUCUGAAUAAUAUCGUAUGCAAAGAAGGUAAUAAUAUUCAUUUUGAAUGUAAUGUUGAGCCCUCCAGGGAUCCCACUCUGAAGAUAGAAUGGUUUUUCAACAGCAAACCUCUUCCUUCUGGAACAAGAUACAAAAGCACUCAUGACUUCAGUUAUGUAGCUUUAGAUAUAACGCACACUUAUGAGGAAGAUUCUGGGAUUUAUACAUGUAAAGCAACUAACUCUAAAGGUUCAGCUACUACCUCCGGUUCUUUGAGGUGUACUGGAGACAAACACAUUUAUUUCGAUACACAACAUCCCCAAGGAAAGGCAGGCCUUGAAGCUGUUGAACAAGCUGAAGAAGCUAGGCUUUCGAAGGGCAGAAGAACUUCUGUUCCUGAUACUGAAUAUCCGGCACCUGAAUGGGUAGUACCAAUUGCUCCAGAGAAUAACCUAAUAGAAGGACAAGCGCUUCACUUCGAAGGUCAAGUGGAACCCAAAAAUGAUCCCAGCUUAAAAUUAGAAUGGUAUUUCAAUGGAAAAGUUUUAGAGCAAGGCGCGAGAUUUAAACUUACAAGCGACUUUGGAUUCGUCACGUUAGAUUUGAUUGAUGUGUAUGAAAGAGAUAGUGGCAUAUACACGUGCAAAGCUUACAAUAAAAAAGGUGAGGCUUUUACAUCUUCCACCGUAUAUUGUACAAGCAAGGAAAACCUAAUUGAAAAAACUCAGCAUCCUAAAGGUGCCGAAGGGCUGGAAAAGAUUCAAAACUUAGAGGACUCUCUUCGUAAAGAGCCAAGUCAGAAAACGGACGAUGAUACAGGAAGACCACCUGAAUUUACAACAGUGUUCCAGGAUAUAGCUGACAUAAGUGAAGGCCAAAUUGCCCAUUAUGAGGCAUCUCUUAUACCGACUGGAGACCAAAGUAUGAUCAUUGAAUGGUUUUACAAUGGUAAGGCUAUUGAAGCAAGCCAUCGUAUCCGAACCGUUUACGCUUUUGGAAUGGUCGUUUUAGAAAUACUCGGAACGAAGACAUCUGACUCCGGAAUAUAUUCUUGUCGAGCUACAAAUAAAUGGGGUCAAGCAGAAAUAAGCUGCAAAUUGGAUUGUGUCGAUAAAAGCAAGGGCCAAAAGCCUAGGUUUACAACACACAUACAAAAUAUUGAAGGCCUUAAAGAUGGUCAAUCGGCCCAUUUCGAAUGUACUGUUGUACCUGUUGAUGACCCUGACAUGAAAAUCGAAUGGUACCACAACGGCCAACCAUUGCGUCAUUCAACUAGAAUAAAAACUGUUUCAGAUUUUGGUUUUGUUGUUUUAGAUAUAGCAUAUACGCAAAACCAUGACACAGGUGAAUAUGUAUGUCGAGCAUAUAAUAAAUACGGUGAAGAUUUCACAAAAGCGACAAUUACGUGUUACGGUAAAGGAGGAGUUUAUUUAGACAGCUUACAGCCAGAUUCACUAGCUAAGAUAAGGGAGUUGGAGAAUUCGCAGGGCGCACAACAACAAGCCCCAGCCCCAGCUUCUGCAGAACCACCUAAAUUUAUAACACAAAUCCAGGAUGUAACUAAAUUAGUUGAAGGUCAAAGUGCACACUUUGAAGCUAGACUGGUACCAGUCGAUGACCCGGACCUUAAGGUGGAGUGGUACUAUAACGGCAAGAAAUUACCUCACGGGCACAGAUACAGAACUUUCCAUGACUUUGGCAUCGUAAUUUUGGAUAUUUUAUAUUGUUAUGAAGAAAACUCCGGUGAAUAUGAAUGCAUAGCCACCAAUAAAUUGGGUCGUGAUUCAACGAAAGCAACUCUAAAAUGUACGUCAAAGGAGAAUUUAAUCUUGGACUCGCAACUCCCGCGGGGCAUGGAAGGAGGUUUAGAAAAGCUUCAAACAUUGGAAGACUCUAUGAUACGCAAAAAAGAAAUUUCUAUUGACGAAGAAAGGGGUAAAGCACCUGUCUUCACUGUACCGUUAUCCAAUAUUGAAAACUUAAGAGAAGGCGAAAAUGCUCAUUUCGAAGCACGUUUGAUUCCUACAGAUGAUCCUAACUUGAAGGUGGAGUGGUACUGGAAUGGUAAAUCUUUAAAAGCUGGUUCUAGGUUUAGAACUUUCUGUGACUUCGGUUUUGUUAUUCUUGAAAUAUCACCUACAUAUCCUGAAGACUCUGGAGAGUAUUUAUGUAGAGCUUACAACAAUUACGGAGAAGCUGUAACUACAGCGACUAUGAAAGUACAAGGAAAGAGAAAUAUUAUUUUGGAAUCCCAACUACCCAAGGGAAUGGAAGGAACCAUAGAUAAAAUUGCAGCUCUCGAAGGAUAUACUGGAACUGUCGACUCAAUGACUCCAGAGGCUGAAAGCGGAAAUCCACCAGAGUUUAUAACAACUCCGUCGGAUCAAAUUUUAUCUGAGAAUUCUUCUGCUCAUUUCGAAUGCCGGUUAAUUCCUGUAAAUGACUCCAGUAUGAGAGUUGAGUGGUUCCACAAUGGCAAACCACUUCUUACUGGAUCUAGAGUAAAAACUAUCAAUGAUUUUGGGUUUGUUAUUCUGGAAAUUGGUGGAGUAUAUCAGCGCGAUGCUGGACUUUAUACAUGCAAAGCUACUAAUAGACACGGUGAAGCAACGGUUUCUUGUAAACUACAAGUGAAAGGCAGGCAAGGAAUUAUUCUUGAGCCUCAACUUCCAUCUCAUUUUAAGUCGGGAACAGAAAGCAUCCAGAAAUUAGAAGAAACACUGUACAAACGCGAAGAAAUCACAAUUGAAGACGAGAAACCAAAUCCGCCGAGGUUUACGGUUGAAAUUAAAGACAACCUUGAUGUACCGGAAGGGGGACCGAUUCAUUUUGACUGUCGCGUAGAGCCUGUGGGCGAUUCUACAAUGAGGAUUGACUGGUUCCACAACGGAAGACCAUUUGCGACUGGUUCCCGGGUUCACAUGCUGAACGAUUUCGGAUUCAUUGCUCUUGAUAUUGACUAUGUUUAUACCCGUGAUGCAGGCGAAUAUACUUGCCGUGCUACAAACAAAUGGGGUUCUGCAACAACUACCGCUAAAAUUACAUGUAGCACGAAACGAGAUAUUGUCUUGGAUUCGCAGUUGCCGCAGGGUAUGAGCGGCGAGAAAAUUAAGGAACUAGAAAGGGGGCGAAUUAGUGAUGUCCCUAAAGAAGAACAUGUUGUUAAUAGCCCACCAAAAUUUAUAACACAGAUACAAUCACAUACAAUUGAGGAAUCGGAAGCAGUACGAUUCGAAUGCAGAGUGGAGCCAAAGGAGGAUCCAAAGCUACGUAUCGAAUGGUAUAGGAAUGGUAAACUGUUACCAUCGGGACACAGAUUCCGAACCGUAUACGAUAUGGGGUUCGUUUCGCUCGACAUUUUGUACGUAUACGCUGAAGAUUCGGGUGAAUAUGUUUGCCGUGCAGUCAAUGAUUUUGGCGAGGACACUACUAAAGCUACGGUAUCGUGCAAACGUUUACCAGAUAUUAUAUUACAAAAUCAAGUUCCUCGAGGAAUGAAGAAAUCUGAAGCUCUUACCCAAAUGGAGGCUACUAUUAAAAAAUAUACGUCUGAAGUAUUUUUAACGGAAGAUGAUCUUUACGAUGCUGACAAGAAGCAACCGCCACGGUUUGUCACACAAAUUCAGAGUCAGACGACUUUAGUUGAGAUGGAAUCCACUAAGUUUGAAUGUCAGUUGGCACCAGUAGGAGACCCUAACAUGAAAGUAGAAUGGUUCUUUAAUGGGAAGCCGCUUUUACAUAAAAAUCGUUUUACACCCAUUUACGAUUUCGGCUAUGUGGCGAUGAAUUUCGGUUGGGUGUACCCUGAAGACAGUGGCGAAUAUUUAUGUCGUGCAACUAAUUUGUACGGUAUGGAUGAAACAAGAGCUGUAAUUAAAACGGCUGGUAAGCCUGGUAUAGUGUAUGAUUCUCAACUACCAAAACACAUGAAGAGUAUUGAGAAAAUUCGAGAAAUGGAAGCUUCAUGGCAAGUUGCUCCGGAGCAGACAGUAGAAGAAACAAAAGAACGUUGUGCUCCUGUAUUCGUGAGCAAGCCAGAACCGGUAACAGUUGAGGAAGGGGAAUGGGCUCGCUUCUGCUGUCGUGUUACUGGUCAUCCAAAGCCACGCGUUAUGUGGCUGAUCAAUGGGAACACCAUAGUCAACGGUUCAAGAUAUAAACUCACUUACGACGGAAUGUAUCACUUUGAUAUACCCAAAACGAGGCAGUACGAUACGGGUAAAAUUGAGGUAAUUGCCAGGAGUUCUGUAGGCGAAGCAGUUGCUACGACAGAACUUAAAGUAGUACCGCGACAUGACGAUUACAGAAGCGUUCUUAAAAACGCUCCAAGACCUUGGUACGACGAAACAACGCAAUACCAACGAACUGGAACAGAAUUAGAAAAAACCUUCGAGGAAAGGCAAGUAAUGCAACGCCAAGGCGUGAUUGACCAUAGACCAGAGUUGAAACCAAAGGUCAUUAAAGAGCCCGAAACUGAAUGGCAGCAAAGUGUCAAAAAGAAGAAGAGCGAAGAAUAUUAUAACAAACUUCAGGAACUGGAGAAUGAGCAAGUAGUAAAAGAAAGCAGAUUUAGAGAAUCAACCCAUCAGUACGCUAUUCCUGGAGAAAAAGUUACAAGCAGCUCCGUAGCAAGGUCAAUGGCGCAAAAGUAUCAAGAUAACUUGGAACAAACUGAAGAAGUUAUUGAAAAACACGUGCAAAAGAAAGGUUUCAAGCCAAGAAUCCCAGAACCAUCUGAAUCCAUUGUACAUGGCAAGGAAGUGCAUGUAGCUAAACAAAAACAAAUUCAGAAGGAAGUCGUCGGUGAUACUGAAAUAACACGUAAAAUAAUAUCAACCGAAACCACAGAAGUUGAACAUAAAGGACAAACUCACGAACGGGUUGUGGAGGGACCUGUAAAACCUUGUAAGCCACCCGUUUUUACUAAGAAGAUGCAACCCUGUCGUGUCUUUGAACAUGAACAAGCUAGAUUUGAAGUUGAAUUUGAUGGUGAUCCACUGCCGACCAUAAAAUGGUAUCGAGAAAAUUUCCCGAUAAAAAAUUCUCCUGAUUUCCAAAUUCAUACGUUCAGUACUAAAUCAAUUCUUAUCAUACGACAAGUUUUCGUUGAAGACUCAGCCGUGUUUGCGGCUGUAGCGGAAAAUAGAGGGGGUACUGCGAAAUGUAGUGCCAAUUUGGUGGUAGAAGAAAGAAGGCGGCAAGGCAGAGGUGGUAUCAUUCCUCCAAGCUUUACUUUGACAUCACAGAACGUUAACGUAACAGCCGGGCAGCUAGUACGAUUUGACACAAAAGUUACUGGAACAAAGCCCAUCGAUGUCUAUUGGCUAAAGAAUGGCAAAAAAGUUCAGCCCGAUAUAAAGAACAAAAUCCUAGAAGAGGACGGUACAUACACGUUGCUUAUUCUGGAAGCUUAUCCACAAGAUUCGGGUAAAUAUGAGUGUGUUGCUAUCAACAGCGCUGGAGAAGCAAGGUGUGAUGCUGAAUGUUUAGUUACUGCCCCCGCAACCAAAGAAAAACCAAAACCUCAAACUAAAGUUGCCAAUGCACCACCUGAAAUAAUUGAGCCUCUGAAAGAUAGAGUUGUUACUGAAGGACAGGCUAUUGAAUUUGGCUGCAAGAUAGUGGGUAAGCCAACGCCUACAGUGCAAUGGUAUAAGGGUGAAAAGUUGAUAAAACCAUCAAAAUACUUCCAAAUGUCUCGAGCAGCGGAUGAUUAUACUUUGCGUAUUUCUGAGGCUUUCCCAGAAGAUGAGGGCGACUACAAGUGCGUCGCUUAUAAUUCUGCGGGCAGAGUUACUGUAGCUGCUAAGUUGAAGGUUAUACAGCCUGACCAAGCUGAUAAUUUACCAACACUCACUCCACUGCGCGACGUUGUGGUAUACGAAGGGCAACCGGCACAAUUCAAAACAAACAUUACUAGCAAAAUCAAGCCAACGAUUCAAUGGCUUCGUGAAGGAGCACUUAUACCUGAAACUCCCGAUUUUCAAAUGAUUCACGAAGGUAAUAAUGCUGUAUUGCUCAUUGGUAACACAUACGAAGAGGAUACUGGCACCUUCACCUGCCGCGCCACAACUACCGCGGGCCAAGUCGAGACCUCCGCAAAGCUAGUCGUCAAAAAAUUACAAAAUACAGUCUCCUGCAAGACUAUUCAUAAUAAAACAGAUGUAACGGGCUUCACAGAAGAUGUUAAGACUAUUACGAGUCAAGCAUUUUAUCAGUCUACAGAAGAUAGUAAUAUCCUAAAAGUUAAACAGUUACAAGACAUUGAGACUAACAAAAUGUCAAAAUCUGUCCCCUGGCGCACAAAAAGUACUACUCCAGAAGAAUCCUUGCAAGUGAAGCAUUGGCGAAAACCUCGUCAAAUGGAGGUGGAAAAACAGCAAGAACUGACUGAUGAAUCCUCAGCAAGUAUUCUCAAUAUUAAUAAAAUAAUUGACGAAGACUUAGAAACAAGAGAAAUUAAAGAACCUAGCAAACUAAAAACGCAGUUUUGGAGAAAACCGAGACAAGAAAAGUCUAAACACGUAGAAACUACAACAAUUUUAAAAGAUGUGACUGAUGAACAAAUACAAAAGAAACCAGAGAUAGUAGAUGUGGAAUCUAUAAAAACCAACGAAGAAUCACUUAUAAAAAAACUGAAGACAGAUAUAAAUAAAAAGGGAACAAUAGAAGUUACGCCAUGGACUCAAGAAGCUGUUAAAUUAAGACCAACUAAAAUGGAAAAGUCUCCAAUUAAAAAAGAGAAACUGUCAGAAUUAUCCCUAAGACCGGUUAGAAAAGAAUCUACACAAAAAAUGGAAACACUUAUGAUUGAAGAAUCUUUAACAUCUGAAGAAAAUACUGUUAUUUUAAAAAUAAGGGACGUUGACCAUUCACAGAUUGAUGAAAAGCCAUUAGUUGAUAGAAAAGAAAAAUAUGACGAUAAAAUCCAAGGCAUUAAGCAAAUUACGACGGAAAAGCAAUCUAAAGAUGUGAAAUCUGAACAAAUACCAUGGAGGCGUGGAAAACCUUUAGCUAAAGAUGAACAAAAAAUUGAAAAAAUAUCUAUAAAAAGUGGAACGAUACCUGAAAAGGACACAUUUGUUGAAUCUGAAGACCAAAUGGACUUAGGACAACGUAUCAAGUCUGUACCUAUUACAGAGGAGAAAAAAGAUACUGAGAGAGUGGUUUCGUGGCGAACAGGUAAAGGGAAUUUAAUCACUGAAAAGAAAAACGAAGCGGAACAGGUAACUAUUGAUAAAGAGUCUAAAUGUGAUAAAGGAUCAGAAACUAAUUUAGUUAAAAUGGAAAAACACGAUGAAUUUAUAGAAAUUGAAGAAGAACAAGUACAAGAUAAAAUUAAAUCAGUUUCAAUUUUAUUAGAUGAUACACCUAAGAUCCCCAAAGUUAAAGAAAAGGAUUUAGAACCACGCAAGGUAAAAACCACUGAUGAGAGUAUGCCUGAUAAAAUUCAAAAUAUUGUUAAAGAGAAAUCAAUUGAAGAGACAUCUAAUGUACUGAAACAAGUAACUGCAAAACACCUUCCUAAGCCAACAGAACCGAUUGAAGAGGUUAACCUUAAACCAAUUCCGAAGCGGAAAUCACUCGAAGAGACUAAACUUGAUACUAUUCAGUUAAAACCUGCAGAAAGAAAAAAACAUGCUCCGGCAGUUGAAGAAGAAAAAGUCUUAAAACCCGUGCGUAAAUCACAAGAAAACUUAGAACCACACAUUCAGCAAGUAGUCCUUAAGCCAGUCAAAAGAGAUAAGACUAUACAUAAGGAAAGGACAGAAGCUAUACACCUGAAACCCGUUGAGAAAGGAAAAAGUCAAGAUGAUAAACCCAAAUUAUCGUCAGCGGAUAUUGAGUCUACUGAAAGAUUACAUGGUCGAGCCCCUCUUAUAACAAGUGAUUCAACUGUAAAAAAAGAUGAACCAAUAUCUCAUUCAGAAAAACUAAAUAAAGACAGGAUAGACAAAACUAAGUUGACCGAAGAAAAUCAGGAAAUUGAAAAUAAAAAGGAGCAGUACAUAGAAGCAACAGAAGCAUACGAAUACGUGCCCAGUGCUUCAGAAGAAGACGUUUUAAGUGACGAGAAAACAAGUGACGUCGAAGAAUUUGCGCCUCGGAUUGUAAAAGCUUUACCCGCUGUAAUUUCUGCAACUGAAGGAGAACUGACCAGGUUAGAAGCUAAAGCUAUAGGGAUGCCAAAACCAAAUAUAAGGUGGCUGAAACAUGGAAUUGAAAUUAAGCAGUCUCAAGAAUACCAAAUAGAGGAACUUGAAGAUGGAACGUCUAUUUUGAUAAUACCUGAAAUAUAUCAAGAUGACACUGGUGAAAUAACUUUCGAGGCUUUUAAUUCUUUAGGUGUAACUGCCACAAUUGCCGCAUUGUCUGUGGAAAAUAUCAUUGGUACCAAAGAUUAUAGGAAACCUGAAUGGGUUACGCACAUGGAAGAGUUGAAAUCUUCUCUAGAAGCCAAACAUUUAUCACCAUCUUUUGUAAAGAACCUUCUGAAACAAAGUGUGAACGAAGAUGAAUCAGUAAUUUUUGAAGCUGUCUACAGUGGUAAUCCUCAGCCAGAAAUAACAUGGUACAAAGAUGACGAAGUUAUUACGAGUGACGAUCAAUUUAUUAUAGAAAACGAAAAUAAUCGUACAACUUGUAAAAUUAUAAAAGCCAAUGAAAAUACAGAAGGGACAUAUAUGUGCAAAGCUUACAGUGAUAUUGGCUUCGCCGUUACGAAAGCACGUUUAGAUAUAAUUAAAAAACAUUUAAAAGCAAAGACAAAAAAAACAGUUAUACAAAGUGAGGAAAUCAAAAUGAGUAAAGAAAACAUUGAUAAUGAGGAUAUAAAAUCUGAUUCAAGACUGAUAAAUACAUUAGAACAAAAGAAAACGCAUCAAACUAGGCGGAUAAAUAUCGCAAGUGAUAUUUAUAAAGAAAAAAUGGAAGCAAAAGAAGAAAUAAGGGAUAAUAAGGCAUUAGAUUAUGAAAAGACUGAUAAACAUGAAGUUAUUAAAAAACGUAAAAUAAAGAAACCUACCAAUUCAUCUAGUGAUUAUUUAAUAGCUACAGAUGAAGAAAAUACUGAAAAAGUUCAGCCUUUAGAAAAUAAGCAAUUUGAAGAGACAGAGGUCAUAACAAAGUUUACAGAAGUGAAUUCAGGAAUGGUAGCUGAAAUUGAUGAACUGCUUGAGGUAAUAAAUGCUAAAGAAUUUGGUCCCGCUUUAGUUCGAUUAGUGGAAAGACAAGGACAUGGAGCACUAAUUACUGAAGUUCUAACUGAAGAGACUACCCAUGAUGAAGCUGUAAUAGCAGCAAAAGUUGGAUUCAAAGCAUUUUUAAAAAUGGUGGAGAUGAACCAUUCAUCAGUAGAAGAAGUUAUUGCAGACUUUUACCCUGAGGAUUUCAAACCUCGUUCCUGGGAAUGCAAAGAAGCAAACGAAGUGUUUGAAGCAUCCUCCAUUAAAAAUGUAGCUGAAGCGAAUAUUACAACGGUGUUGAAAGACACGUCUGAAAAGAAGAAACUAGUCACAGAUAACAAAGAACAAGAACACGGAAAACGCAAAAAACACACACAGUCAGAUAUUUUUAUUGUUGAAGAUACCAAGAAAAGUUUAAUAGAAAAGCACCCCAUUGAGAAAAUGGAGCACUACGAUACAGCUGUGACAGAUAGAUUUGAAGUAGAUAAAAUGCCCUUUACCUCAACAAUACCAAUAGAUGUUCAUAGCAAUGUAAUAGAAGUGGUUGCUGCAGCUCAGACGACAAAUAUGAAAACAAAGACUAAAGAGAAAUUUACGGCGAAUAUUAAGGUAGAUAAUAACUAUCCUCUAGUUAACGAUUCCCAACAAAUCCAAGAAAAAGUGGAACCUUUUGAUGUUAAAAUGGACUCAUCAUUUUUAAUAAGACCAAAUGUUACUGAAGUAGAAUCAUUACAAGUAACAGAAAUAGAUGCUGGUAAUACCGUAGAAGAAUGUGUAAUAAAAAAGCUGAGACCAGAAUUAAAUGCGACAAAGGGUAUUGUUACAAUAGAAGGAUAUAUUACAACAGAAACUGUUAGUGAUACAACAUCUGUUGAUAAAAUAGAAAAAAGUGAAGAACGCAAGCAGCAUGCAAAGCCCUUAAUAAUGGUACAGGAUGCUAUAAACAUUUCACAAGAUAUACCAACCCUUAAGGAAGGGUUAUUAAAAGAUGCACCAAGUACAAAAUCAUUUGCUUCAAUAUCAAUUACACCGCUCACUGAAGUUAGUGUAACUGAAGUUAAUGAAGAAAGCCAAGAACAGAAGUUAGGAGAUCAAAGAUUAGAAAAGCCAGUGCAAACUAAAUUUGAUUUUAACUUACUGGAAUCUCUUCAAGUUGGCGAGGUUUUCGUUGAAGAUAAGUCAGGAAAAUACUAUCCGGAAUUAAUUGUCCCCACUGAAACAGCACGCAAAGAUGUACUGCCUUCUAAUCAAAUUUUGACUCAAAUUCACGAUGUUCAAGAAAAAGAAGUAAAGGAACUUCCCUCAUCUCAGAAAGUACCUGACGAAGCUGCUACAGAAAAUACCCUCGAUCUUCAAACUGAAACUCCUUUUAACGUUAGUGAGCCAGAGAAACGAACUCCUAGUGAAAUAUUAAUGUUGUGUAAUGAAGUUGAAGUAUCUGAAAAGGUUCUAGACGAACAACUAGCAUCAUACCAUGUAGAAAAACCUAAGGCACUUAAAACGAAUUUUACCGCUUCUGAUGAAAACUAUCAAAACUACUCAAGCGAUCGAACAGUUGUUUACAAAGAUUCGCCAAAGACAUCUGAUUUGGAAGAAACUGAAGAAAUAGUAACGAAGUUCAUCCAAGCACCAGAAGAAAAUUUAGAUGACGAGGAGCAAACAAAAUGUAUACGAGAAAUGGAUCAUAAUGUAAAGAUAGAAGAAUAUGAAGGUGAUGACAUGCCACUUGAGACAGGAACGGAUAAAAGCACAAUAGAAUUACCUGAAGAAACAUUUCAGAUACCAAAGCUAAGAUCACAUGUACAUAUAGAAGAACUGAAAGGUGAAGUCGAGUUGGAAACUAUAACUCCCGAGGAACAAGUUGUAUGUGAAGAUAUCGAUACAAAGGACAAGCAUCCAGUUACAACUAUACACAAAACAGAGGAUAUACUAGACGACACAACAACUGUACUGGGUUGUUUAGGAGAACCAGAGAAAGAUAGUGUUAUCGACAAAAAAACUGAAGAAGUAAAAGUCGAUGAGGUGAAAACCGAAAGUGGAGAAAUAAUGAAAGUGAAGACGGUCAAACGAGUAAUGAAACAGAAAAAAGGUGCAAAGCAAGUUGUCACUGAGCAAAUAACAGUGAAAAAGGAGGGCGAAGAGCCAGUCACAACCGUCACUGCCAAGGAGGAAACCCCAAUUGAAAAGGACGAACUUGUAGAACUUCCAGAUGAGACGACCGUGGAGGAAGUAACUUCGGAUGAUGAGAAGCCUAAGCAAAAGAAAACCACUAAACGUGUCAUCAAAAAUAAAAUAGGCCAAAACAUCGAAACAACACACAUUACCACAACACAAAAAGACAACGAACAACCAGUCACAACUGUUCACAAAACAGAGGAAAUCAUCGAUGACACUAUUACCCCCAAUGAUGACCUACAAACACCGGAAACAGUGAGUAUCGUCGAGGAGGAACCCGAAGAAGUGAAGAUCGAACAGGUAAAAGCGGAAACUGGUGAAAUAACAAAAGUGAAGACGGUUAGACGAGUAAUUAAGAAGAAAAGAGGUCCUAAACAAGAAGUCACUGAGAUAACAACUGUGGAAAAGGAGGGCGAAGAACCAGUCACAACCGUUACUGUCAAAGAGGAAACCCCAAUUGAAAAGGACGAACUCGUAGACCUUCCAGAAGAGACGACCGUGGAGGAAGUUACUUCGGACGAUGGUAAGCCUAAGCAAAAGAAAGUAACAAAACGUGUCAUCAAAAAGAAGAUAGGCCCGAAAAUUGAAACUACACACAUUACCACCACACAACAAGACAACGAACAACCAGUCACAACUGUUCACAAAACAGAUGAAAUCAUUGAUGACACUACUACCCCCAUUGCUGACCUACAAGCACCGGAAACAGCGAGUAUCGUUGAGGAAGAACCCGAAGAAGUGAAGAUCGAAGAGGUGAAAGCAGAAACUGGUGAAAUAACACAAGUGAAGACGUUGAGACGAGUAAUAAAGAAGAAACGAGGGCCUAAACAAGAAGUCACUGAGAUAACAACUGUGGAAAAGGAGGGCGAAGAACCUGUCACAACCGUCACUGUCAAAGAGGAAACCCCGAUUGAAAAGGCCGAACUCGUAGAACUUCCAGAAGAGACGACCGUGGAGGAAGUACCGGAAACAGCGAGUAUCGUUGAGGAAGAACCUGAAGUAGUGAAGGUCGAACAGGUGAAAUCAGAAACUGGUGAAAUAUCGAAAGUGAAGACGGUUAGACGAGUAAUUAAGAAGAAAAGAGGUCCUAAACAAGAAGUCACUGAGAUAACAACUGUGGAAAAGGAGGGCGAAAAACCUGUCACAACCGUCACUGUCAAAGAGGAAACCCCGAUUGAAAAGGACGAACUCGUAGAACUUCCAGAAGAGACGACCGUGGAGGAAGUUACUUCGGACGAUGGUAAGCCUAAGCAAAAGAAAGUAACAAAACGUGUCAUCAAAAAGAAGGUAGGUCCAAAAAUCGAAACUACACACAUUACCACCACACAACAAGACAACGAACAACCAGUCACAACUGUUCACAAAACAGAGGAAAUCAUUGAUGACACCACUACUCCCAUUGAUGACCUACAAGCACCGGAAACAGCGAAUGUCGUCGAGGAAGAACCCGAAGAAGUGAAGGUCGAACAGGUGAAAGCAGAAACUGGUGAAAUAACACAAGUGAAGACGGUUAGACGAGUAAUAAAGAAGAAAAGAGGUCCUAAACAAGAAGUCACAGAGAUAACAACUGUGGAAAAAGAGGGCGAAGAACCAGUCACAACCGUUACUGUCAAAGAGGAAACCCCAAUUGAAAAGGAGGAACUCGUAGAACUUCCAGAAGAGACGACCGUGGAGGAAGUUACUUCGGACGAUGGUAAGCCUAAGCAAAAGAAAGUAACAAAACGUGUCAUCAAAAAGAAGGUAGGUCCGAAAAUCGAAACUACACACAUUACCACCACACAACAAGACAACGAACAACCAGUCACAACUGUUCACAAAACAGAGGAAAUCAUCGAUGACACUACUACCCCCCCCAUUGAUGACCUACAAGCACCGGAAACAGCGAGUAUCGUCGAGGAGGAACCCGAAGAAGUGAAGGUCGAACAGGUCGAGGAACUCGUAGAACUUCCAGAAGAGACGACCGUGGAGGAAGUUACUUCGGACGAUGGUAAGCCUAAGCAAAAGAAAGUAACAAAACGUGUCAUCAAAAAGAAGGUAGGUCCGAAAAUCGAAACUACACACAUUACCACCACACAACAAGACAACGAACAACCAGUCACAACUGUUCACAAAACAGAGGAAAUCAUUGAUGACACUACUACUCCCAUUGAUGACCUACAAGCACCGGAAACAGCGAACGUCGUAGAGGAAGAACCCGAAGAAGUGAAGGUCGAGCAAGUGCAAGCAGAAACUGGUGAAAUAACACAAGUGAAGACGGUUAGACGAGUAAUUAAGAAGAAAAGAGGUCCUAAACAAGAAGUCACUGAGAUAACAACUGUGGAAAAGGAGGGCGAAGAACCAGUCACAACCGUAACUGUCAAAGAGGAAACCCCAAUUGAAAAGGACGAACUCGUAGAACUUCCAGAAGAGACGACCGUGGAGGAAGUUACUUCGGACGAUGAGGAAAUCAUUGAUGACACUACUACCCCCAUUGAUGACCUACAAGCACCGGAAACAGCGAGUAUCGUCGAGGAGGAACCCGAAGAAGUGAAGGUCGAACAGGUGAAAGCAGAAACUGGUGAAAUAACACAAGUGAAGACGGUUAGACGAGUAAUUAAGAAGAAAAGAGAGGAAACCCCAAUUGAAAAGGACGAACUCGUAGAACUUCCAGAAGAGACGACCGUGGAGGAAGUUACUUCGGACGAUGGUAAGCCUAAGCAAAAGAAAGUAACAAAACGUGUCAUCAAAAAGAAGGUAGGUCCGAAAAUCGAAACUACACACAUUACCACCACACAACAAGACAACGAACAACCAGUCACAACUGUUCACAAAACAGAGGAAAUCAUUGAUGACACUACUACCCCCAUUGAUGACCUACAAGCACCGGAAACAGCGAGUAUCGUCGAGGAGGAACCCGAAGAAGUGAAGGUCGAACAGGUAAAAGCGAAAACUGGUGAAAUAACAAAAGUGAAGACGGUUAGACGAGUAAUUAAGAAGAAAAGAGGUCCUAAACAAGAAGUCACUGAGAUAACAACUGUGGAAAAGGAGGGCGAAGAACCAGUCACAACCGUAACUGUCAAGGAGGAAACCCCAAUUGAAAAGGAGGAACUCGUAGAACUUCCAGAAGAGACGACCGUGGAGGAAGUUACUUCGGACGAUGGUAAGCCUAAGCAAAAGAAAGUAACAAAACGUGUCAUCAAAAAGAAGGUAGGUCCGAAAAUCGAAACUACACACAUUACCACCACACAACAAGACAACGAACAACCAGUCACAACUGUUCACAAAACAGAGGAAAUCAUUGAUGACACUACUACCCCCAUUGAAGACCUACAAGCACCGGAAACAGCGAGUAUCGUCGAGGAGGAACCCGAAGAAGUGAAGGUCGAACAGGUAAAAGCGGAAACUGGUGAAAUAACAAAAGUGAAGACGGUUAGACGCGUAAUUAAGAAGAAAAGAGGUCCUAAACAAGAAGUCACUGAGAUAACAACUGUGGAAAAGGAGGGCGAAGAACCAGUCACAACCGUAACUGUCAAGGAGGAAACCCCAAUUGAAAAGGACGAACUCGUAGAACUUCCAGAAGAGACGACCGUGGAGGAAGUUACUUCGGACGAUGAGGAAAUCAUUGAUGACACUACUACUACCCCCAUUGAUGACCUACAAGCACCGGAAACAGCGAGUAUCGUCGAGGAGGAACCCGAAGAAGUGAAGGUCGAACAGGUGAAAGCAGAAACUGGUGAAAUAACACAAGUGAAGACGGUUAGACGAGUAAUUAAGAAGAAAAGAGGUCCUAAACAAGAAGUCACUGAGAUAACAACUGUGGAAAAGGAGGGCGAAGAACCAGUCACAACCGUAACUGUCAAGGAGGAAACCCCAAUUGAAAAGGACGAACUCGUAGAACUUCCAGAAGAGACGACCGUGGAGGAAGUUAUUUCGGACGAUGAGGAAAUCAUUGAUGACACUACUACCCCCAUUGAUGACCUACAAGCACCGGAAACAGCGAGUAUCGUCGAGGAAGAACCCGAAGAAGUGAAGGUCGAACAGGAGGGCGAAGAACCAGUCACAACCGUAACUGUCAAGGAGGAAACCCCAAUUGAAAAGGAGGAACUCGUAGAACUUCCAGAAGAGACGACCGUGGAGGAAGUUACUUCGGACGAUGGUAAGCCUAAGCAAAAGAAAGUAACAAAACGUGUCAUCAAAAAGAAGGUAGGUCCAAAAAUCGAAACUACACACAUUACCACCACACAAAAAGACAACGAACAACCAGUCACAACUGUUCACAAAACAGAGGAAAUCAUUGAUGACACUACUACCCCCAUUGAAGACCUACAAGCACCGGAAACAGCGAGUAUCGUCGAGGAGGAACCCGAAGAAGUGAAGGUCGAACAGGUAAAAGCAUUAACCGGUGAAAUAACACAAGUGAAGACGGUUAGACGAGUAAUUAAGAAGAAAAAGUGGUCC